AUGCAUGGUUGGCAGCUUUGCGUGUGUGCUGCAUCGUUCCUGGCAGCGAACGGCCAAGAUGCCACAUGUUUGUCUGAGUACAAUAUGGGGAGAGAACGCUUCAGAUCCGUACCUUUGAGCCCCUUGGUCUACACUCCAAUAGCACACCGGCCAGACUGGUUCUGGAAGCAAAUCUUCCAAAAUCGUGGUAUUGAUCCGGAGUCAGUGAAGUCGGGAUACACGGAGGCUUGGCUCGACUUUCUGUUUGCGGGGGCUCAAAAGGCGAUGACUGUUUGCUCGAUCGAGGGUGGUCGCUACUGGGAUUGCAUCCUCGAUGCUCCGGCACGCUGUACCGAAAGCCAGGUCGUCCAAGGCAUUUUCCCACUGGCUGUUGAUAUGUUGAUGGGAGAGAGGCCACAACGCAUGCUUGGCAAUGCAAGUUUCAAGGACGUCGUAGUGGCCCACGAAGUUGCUGGUUGGCACGACUUUGACAUAGAUUUCGCUAUUGUCGGGGUCGACCGCUGUGGCACGACCUCCCUGCGAAAGAACAUGGAACUUCAUCCUGAUGUGGUGAUCCAAAGUGAUGAGGAGGAAACCAUCUUGAGUUCCGAGCUAGCCAACCGCUUGCUACCUUUGAAAGCACAAGUUGAGGAAUACAACGCGCAGGUGCAGGAAAGAAUGACUGCAAAGUUCAAAAAGACUGGACACCAACCUCGCAUAGUUGGUAUUGGAAAUCCAACUCUUUUCCAAUCUGCCCUGGUCCGGCAAAAGUUGGCUUUGAUGCCACGCUUGAAACUGGUUCUCGCCAUUUGCGAGCCGGUCGGUCGCCUGGAGAAGAUUUUCAUGGUGAAAAAAUAUUGCCAUGAUGACCUCCUUGCGGCUCAGAAGCGUCUUGUGGCCUGCCGGCACCGCGACGGCAGUGAAGUCUGUUUCCCAAGCGCUUCGGCACUGCUGACGGAAAGACAUGGCCAGCUGAGGUCAUUUUGGGAUCGGAUCGACAUCGCACAGCAUCUGGCAGCCUUGGCGGAGCUGUUUCUGAGUCGUCUGUUUGUUUUGCACCAAACAGAACUGCGUGACACACCGAGCAACAUCUUCAAUGAACUGGCGGCCUUCGUUGGGCUUCGUCCUUUCCCCGAGAAGAUUGUCUUCAGGCGCCACAACUCCGUGGGGGGGCACCGAACAGAUCUUUGCUUCAAUGCCUCACUGGUGCGUUCGCUGCAGAGACUUUUGGAACCUGAGUAUGCCAUGCAGGAGUCUAUUUUGCAAGCUUUUCGGGGCAUCAGCAUCGACCUCAGAUCCACACGUUGUGACUUCGUCGACAAGGUCGACACCACGUACUGCCCCAGGGCGGCUUGCUAG